CGAUACGAUUUUGCAAAGCAAUUCAACCAAAUGUCGUCUGGAAACGAACUAAUUGAUGAUGCGGAAAAUAGUUUGAUGUAUACAGGAGUUAAGAAUGAACGCAUUCUCCCCAUUAAUAAUCCUGAAGGAUCCCAUAAUGGAAACGAUUGUAAACGAAAUUUGAAGCAAGAAAUUAGAGGAAAGUACGCAGUAAAUAUUCAGAAACGAGAAUUACAAUGUUUCGAUCGCAAAAACUUCAUUCUUCACCAACAUUUUAUUCGAAGGGAUUUUUCUGCUUGCAAAGCUUUGAUAAAGGAAAUGUCAGACGAUUACAAGUGCAUGUCUGAAUACCCAUUUUACGUUAGAGGUAAAAUAGCUCGGAUUGAAGGAAAUUUUCGAGAAGCUUUAUACUGGUUUGAAAAAGCACGAUCAUUGAACCCAAUGAAUUGUACUUACUUACGUGAAAUCGGUCGUUUACAUUUUCUGCUUGGAAAUCAUGUCAAAGCAGCGGAAAUUUUUUUGGAUGCAAUCAAAUUAGAUGGAAAAGAAUGGAAACUGUAUUACUGGCGAGCAUUGGCGCUUUAUCACAUCAAGCAAGACUCUGACUCUGUACUCAAAGCUCAAGAAUGCUUGAUUGCAGCUCCUUCAGAAACUAUUCAGCGUGCUGAAAUUUUAACAUUCAUGGCUAAGUUAUUCGAACAGCGUAAUGAUAUCAAACCCGCAAUAGAAGCACAAAAGAAAGCACUGGAGUUGGAACCAGAAAAUAUCGACGUGUUAGCAAACAUGGGACAACUAUAUGUUCGGUGGCAAAAUGAUGAUCAAGCGUUUGAUGCUUUUGGUAAAGCUCUUAGUUAUGAUCCAACACAUCCGCAAAGUAUUUUAGGUGCAGGCUCCAUCAUACAAACAAACGGUGAAUAUGAUACCGCCCUUUCAAAAUAUCGAAUGGCUGUUGAAAAAUGUGAAUACAAUGGACCAUUAUGGAAUAAUAUUGGCAUGUGUUUUUUUGGUAAAGGCAAAUAUUUGGCGGCAUUAAGCUGCCUUAAAAAGGCACUAUAUUUGUGUCCACUUGAAUGGAAAAUAUGUUAUAAUCUUGGCAUUGUACACAAUGCUAUGGAACAAUAUGCAUCCGCUUAUCAUUUCUUAUCAUCAGCUGUUAAUUUAAAUACACGCUCUGCAAUGGCUUUUAUGGCUUUGGCAGUGGUACUUACAAAUCUGGAUGAUAUAUUCAACGCAAAAAAAGCUUAUGAGAAAGCAUUACAAAUUGAUAAGAACAAUAACGUAUUACUACAUCUGAAUUAUGCUAUAUUUCAAGCAAAGCAAAAUGAAUUUGAGAAAUCCAUGGAAUCAUUAAAUACAUUUUAUCAAGUAUAUCAUAGCAAUCAACAACCUUCACAAGUAUGUUGACG